CGGCGACUGAUCAUCACGAUGAUACUAACAGUGCACGGCGAACACCAUUGUAAAACUGAUCGCAAUAUUGGUACUGGUGCUUCAGACCCGCUCCAGUCCAGGCAGGAAACUGGUCUCAACAUCUGAGAGAGCGCCAACACGCUCUUUCAAACAUCUAAAUACCUGUCUCCUGCCACUUAACUUUCACGCUUGCGGGGUUUGCCGCAAGCGGUUAGAUAUCAAUUCUACAGUGAAGGAAUGAAGCGACACUGAGCGUGCGGGCCGAAUUACGCUGAUGAGAUGUGCUACGCGUUGCCUGAGGUGGCUUUCAGCGGAUUGGCAUGGAUCUCUGUUGUUUUGCGGGGCGACCGCUUAGAUCAUUACUCCCCGGGGUGAUCCCUGAGAGUCGUUGAGGUACUCAAGUAGACUCGUUCGCGCAACGCCUCAGAAACUCUCUAUGUACACGCACCUCAAGCCUUGAUCAGUCCUUCUUCCGCCCUGUGGGGGCACACGCUGGCCAGAUGGCCAAUCUGCAGACAAGAGUGGCAAUGACUGUGGUCGAAUGCCGAUGGCCAUUCGAUAAUUGACCCUUGUGGCAAAUGCCGUAAUUCGCGAACCUGCAUAUCGCUCGCCCUUCUGGAGUUUCUCGCUGUGGCGUGCGUAGCACAUCGUCCAGAGGGUGGCGAACCUUGCGCCGACUGCCUUUUUGUCUUGCAAGAUCAGAUCUAGUCGAAAGCAAGCCAGCCCACCAAGUGUCAGUGUAUGUCUUGAGAGAUUCAGCCAGACGCUCGCUCUUUACAACGAUAUGCUCCGGUGCGAGUGACAUCUCGACCAAGGCCAACACAGACACCACAUCUUCGAUGCAACGGACUCCCCCGAUGUCUACAAAUACACAUGUGAAGCCCUGAUGCUCGCGACCACUCGGCCCGACUGGAUUCCGGAUCGCCGCCGGGACCAAGCCGAUGCCGAUCAAGUGGCGCAAGUCCAUGGAGCCAGCAACUGAAGCACGAGUGUCUUCACCACUGUCAGCUGGCCUGGGUGCGCAUGUCAGUGUAGCGAGCAAGGCGGGGGUCGCCAAAAGGUCGACUCGCUCGAAACGGACGCCAGGAAGCUUUGCAGAUGCCGUCUUCACACACUCUCUGGAGCAAUCCAGCGCCACGACAGAAGAGGCGCGGGCGGCCAACAGCUCUGUGCAGUGCCCCCAGCUGCAACCGAUCUCCAAGACUCUGUCGCAAGACAAUAUUGCUUCGGAAAGACGGCGAUACGUGGAGGUGUCGGCGACAAUCUGCACCAAAUGCUCCCCCAAUUUUCGCACACUGAUGACCGCUGUCGCAGGGACGAGGACGCGCUCGUAGGGCAUCUUAGAUCUCGGACAACAUUCUUGAAUCAGGGCUGCUUGAACCAGCAAGGUGACGGAAGUGUGUUUAAGUUACAUGCAAAGUCUUGCGUAGCACAAAACUGUGCGAAGUGGCUUGGUAUGCUUUUCAAGGCCAUGUAAUGGCACUGAAUUCAUGAUUGGAAUGCACUGCUUGAAGUGAAGUGGCAAGACAACACUGGCAUUCCACAUGCAAGACAGAAGGACGGCGCAAU